UAAUUUUAGAGGCCUGCAGAAAACAGUGAAAUCCUGAGGGCAGCCAUGAGAAUCCACCUGCUAAAAUUGGUUCAGAUGGGUUCAAUAUGCUCAUUGAUUUCCUCAUAAUUCAUUACUGACAAAAAGAAAUCAGUUCCGUCUGUUUGACUUGAAUAUUAAACAGAUUUUAACAUGUUCAGGCUGGUUAUUUCUUUCAGCACCAGACUGUGGAACUAAACUGUAAUAAAAUGUUAAAAGCAUUUAAAAUAAUAAUAAAAAUUUACAGGCUUUUUGGUGCCUAGUCAAAAUUUUAUGAGGAGGGUGGAGUUGUGCUUGGGGAUUGGGGACUUCAGACUUGCAUAUUCUGAAAUCCUGACUACAGCCCUGACUGUAAACCCACCACAGCUAUUACGAAGCAUUGAAUAAUUAUUUGUCCUAUUCGUGUGGGCCUUUCCUUUAAGAGCGUCAUCAAACACUAAAAAUGUUUUGUUUGUCAUUUCUUUCCGCUGAAUGACGCCACCGAGCUUAAAUUGAUGGCACCAGGUCUGUAGGAGUUGGGAAAUACGAGGUUGACCUGAAGGCGGCACCAACCCACAUAACAGCGCUCCUGUUCAGCAUCAGGAACAGAGGGCCAGCCCGCAGAGCUCCUCCGGAGGCGGAUAAUCCUCAUCUCCACACGGAGUCAACCUAAUACAAUCAGGAAGGAAUUGCCAGAACUCACCUCGAGGAAAACACGUUUUGGACACAGAUGCAAGUCACGACAAAAAAGUCCAUCUUUAGGAAAAGCCUGGACGAGUAGAGAUGGAUAUUUGCGUCUCAUAUUUUCUUUAUUGUGUAAACAGCAAAGUCUGACAUUGAUAAGCCGAUCCUCUAUAAUGUGACAGCUGUUGUCGCAUUCCAGCUUGUUUGGAGAAACUACUACACAUCCUGCUUUUAUUUUUCUUUCUUAUUUCAUCACCAUGGUGACGUACAAUCUAGCUUUAACUUUUAUUAUUGCAUUGGCACUUUGGGAGGUCAGCGGCGUGCCACAAACUCUUUCCUCACCCGCGAUGCAGUUAAAUUCAACAUCAUCGUCCCUCAUCAGCGGAGAUCAAUUGACCAAUAAUGUCACUGAUUCCGCCGUGGGAUCCCGGAUUUCAUCUAUAAUGACGCAUCUACCAACUCUGAAAAACAUUGUCAUUUUCAUCUGCGUGCUAACAGCUGCUCUCAUCACAUGCCUGGUCAUCAAAGUGGUCAGAUCUGGCCGACGAAUCAGGAAAACACGGAAAUAUGACAUUAUCACGACACCUGCAGAGCGUGUGGAGAUGGCCCCUCUUAAUGAGGAGAAUGAAGACGAGGACGACUCAACUCUGUUCGAUGUCAAAUACAGGUGAAUCCCAGCAUGGACAACAAUGUUUGGUAACUCCUGUUUUCCCUGGAACAACUCAAGUUUCUUCUACUUUUUUUGUGUUGCCAAGUCUUACCAACUCUGCAACUUCAUAUACUGCGUGUGCAUGGCUUUUUAUCUGUGGAGCCGCAUGGAUGUCAUCGUUCGCUGCUUUACUGAUGCUUUUAUCAUGUGGCUCACCUCUUUCUAAUGUUAAAGACCAGGAUGCUUCAAGUCGUGACUUUCCCUUAAAAGUCAUUCAGUAAACAGGCUGUUGGCAGCUUGGAGUUUAAUCAUCUCCAUAACAGACCACUACAUUAUAAUAAUAUUUUAUCUUUUACUUUACUGUAUAUUUUAUUGUUAAACUUGAGCUACAGUAUACAGUCUACUGGCUGAGGAGUUUAUAUGUUCCAAGCUAUGGUCUACACAUAUUAUAUAAUACAGGGUUAAUCCCAUCUGAGUGAUAUAUAUAUUCUAUAAAUAAAUAUUCGGUGGUCACUAAAAGCCAUUGAUGGAUGCGUUCUCGUGCAAAGAAUAUUCAGAUAAACAAAUUGCACACUAUGAAGAAUAGUUAUCUGGUGAAUUACAGUAAUUGCUAUUUUUAAACUUAACUUUCAUACCAAAUGUUAUCUCUAUCUACUAACCACGUUAUUGUGCAUAUAUACUGUCUAAGGCUUUCUGUCCUUAUGUAUGGAGUAAGCGUAUAUUUUUUUACUGUGUGUGGUGUGAGACGUUCCUAUUUUGCUGCUAUCUCAGCUGUAGUUUAAAGAUUUGAUUACAAGCUCAAAUAAUAUUGUCAUGAGGUAUUUAUGGGAUACAUCCAUUUGCUACGAAUGUGAAAGCUGUAACCUGUUGUUUAGGCGUUAUUCAUUUAAGACAGUAUCAAACAAAAGUUUUAAAAGCUGCAGUGAUGUACAGUAUUCAAUCAUAAAUUUGGACACACCUUUCUUUUCUCUUGAAUCAGAAAGUGAGUUAACUUAAAAUGUACAUGCACCCAGUGUCUUAUCUUCUAAAAGCAAACAAUACGUAAUUACUACAAUAUCUAAUCAUCAACUGAAAUUAUCCCUAAAGUUUGGUAUCUCUAUUAUGAGGUAGUGGGUGAACAGCUAGUUCAGUAUUACAUAAAGUCUCUCUUAAUAGCUUACUGACUUUUGUAAUGUCUAACUUGAGAAGGUCAGCAUGUGUUUUUCCUGAAGUAAUAACAAACUACAGCCCUGUUUCCUUCAGCAAAGGCAACAUCGGCUUUUACACUUUUUACAGACACUGGUAUUGACUGUUGAUGGAAAUAUUUUUCUGAUCCUGAGAAAGUCAGUUUAUUUGGCCCAUUAGAUGAGCAUUAAAGGAAAAGGUUGGCAUUUUGUGGAAUAAACUUUUGCCAAGAGUUAAAUGACAAUAUCUAUGUCAUUCUCAUGUAUGUCAGUUUUAUAUGAAAGUGGAGCCAGGAGAUAGCUUAGUUAGCUUAGUUUAGCAUAUAGUCUGAGAACAGGUGAAUACAGCUAGCCUGGUCAGUGUCCAAAGAUUCUGAAAUCAACGUAGCAA